AUGAGUCGAGAAACUAUUUUUUCAUCAGAGCCGGCCAAACACUUUGAAAGCGAAGACCUUCCAGCACGAUCAAAGCAUGCAACUCAUUUAGUGACUUACCCAAACUUCUUAUCAUCCGACAUAGACCAUUCUCAAGACAGACCGUUUACGAACAUGUCGCCAGACAGCAAGCGUCGAGCUAUCCCAAGAGGCGAUUUUCAUCUUGAUAGAGAAAGCCUCCCUCAUGAAUUUGAUAAAAGGCCUGCAGGGAAGAAGCGGAGCGUGAAUACAAAUGCAACGACAUGCGACCCUUUAAAAUUCAAUCCUGUAUAUCAUGACCCAGCAGAAAAAGUGUCUAUCAAAAGAAUGCCAUUGAAGCAGAAUUCAUCACUUAUAGGCUCGACUGCCCAGCCAAUGAAGGUAGAAGAAAAACGGUCUUAUAAGAAAAAAGAAUCAUUUAAAUACCAAGACAGUUCUCAAGUCAAAUCAUCUUUAACAUUUAUAUAA